CGGUAAAAGGAGUCUCCCGAGGCGGCGGCGCCGGUGAUGUCAGCUCUCGACGAAAAUAGAGAGGGAUCGCCUGCAAAUCCCCAGCUCCGGCGGGGCUAAAUCUCGCAAUCCCUCCCGGGCAGCAGGCGCCGAGCCAGGCGGCGCAGCGGCCUCCCCCCCGCCACCACCACCACAUCCCCAGAGCGCACACACCCGCGCACACUUGCACUCCCGCACACACACACACACACACACACACGCACACCCGCCUGCACGCUCCCGGGAACGCACACGCGCCGGCAACCGUCCGCGCCGCUCGCCCGGCUCGCAGGUGGCGGCGGGCGCAUCCUCGGUGCGCGCCCUCCAGCAACCCGGGCCUGCGCGCACCCUCGUCCGAGGGACGCCCCCCCCCGCCACCCCCAACCACCCCUACCACCCCCACCACGAGGGCGCUGCCCAGUUUGCCACCGAGGCCGGCGUCCUCCGGGAGCGCGGGGUGCGCGCGGUGGGAAGAGCCCGGGACGCGCGGAUUAGCUCGCGUAGAAGCCUCGUCCCGCGCCCGUGGAGGCGCCGCUAAAGGGCUUACCCCGGGCGGGGGGUGGGUGGAAGGGCGGGGAGAGGUUCCCCCUUUAAAUACCGCGCCCGGCCACACUGCACCGCUCACCCCGGCGCCUGCUCGCUCCCUCACCCGUCGCCGCUGCCGAAUUGUGCCGAAGAGGAGGGGGCGUUCCCCAGACCAUGGCAUCUACGGAAGGUGCCAACAUGCCCAAGCAGGUGGAAGUGCGGAUGCAUGACAGCCACCUCAGCUCGGAGGAGCCCAAGCAGCGGCACCUGGGGCUGCGUGUCUGCGACAAGCUGGGGAAGAACCUUCUGCUGAGCCUGACCGUGUUCGGUGUCAUCCUGGGGGCGGUAUGUGGAGGGCUUCUUCGCCUGGCGUCUCCUAUCAACCCCGAUGUGAUCAUGCUAAUAGCCUUCCCAGGGGAUAUACUCAUGAGGAUGCUAAAAAUGCUCAUUCUCCCUCUAAUCAUCUCCAGUUUAAUCACAGGGUUGGCGGGCCUGGACGCAAAGGCCAGUGGACGCUUGGGCACAAGAGCCAUGAUAUACUAUAUGUCCACCACCAUCAUUGCUGCUGUGCUGGGAGUAAUCCUGGUUCUGGCCAUCCACCCAGGCAAUCCCAAGCUGAAGAAACAGCUGGGGCCUGGGAAGAAGAAUGAUGAAGUGUCCAGCCUGGAUGCCUUCUUGGAUCUUAUUCGGAACCUCUUCCCUGAGAACCUUGUCCAAGCUUGUUUUCAACAGAUUCAAACUGUGACAAAGAGGGUCACAGUGGCACCACCAACAGCGGAGGAGGGCAAUGUGACCCAUGCUGUGGUUUCCCUGCUGAACGAGUCUGUGACAGAGGCACCCGAGGAAACAAAAGUGGUCCUCAAGAAGGGGCUGGAAUUCAAGGAUGGCAUGAACGUCUUAGGUCUGAUAGGGUUUUUCAUUGCUUUUGGCAUCGCCAUGGGGAAGAUGGGAGAGCAGGCCAAGCUGAUGGUGGAAUUCUUCAACAUUUUGAAUGAAAUUGUAAUGAAGUUAGUGAUCAUGAUCAUGUGGUACUCUCCCCUGGGUAUCGCCUGCCUAAUUUGUGGGAAGAUCAUUGCAAUCAAGGACUUAGAAGUGGUUGCUAGGCAACUGGGGAUGUACAUGAUCACGGUGAUUGUGGGCCUCAUCAUCCAUGGGGGCAUCUUUCUCCCCUUGAUUUACUUUGUAGUGACCAGGAAAAAUCCUUUCUCCUUUUUUGCUGGCAUUUUCCAAGCUUGGAUCACUGCCCUGGGUACCGCUUCCAGUGCUGGAACUUUGCCUGUCACCUUCCGUUGCCUGGAAGAAAAUUUGGGGAUUGAUAAACGUGUGACCAGAUUUGUCCUCCCUGUUGGAGCAACCAUUAACAUGGAUGGAACAGCCCUUUAUGAAGCGGUGGCCGCAAUCUUUAUUGCCCAAAUGAAUGGUGUUGUCCUGGAUGGGGGCCAGAUUGUGACAGUGAGCCUCACGGCCACGCUGGCGAGUGUUGGCGCAGCCAGUAUCCCCAGUGCUGGCCUGGUCACCAUGCUUCUCAUUCUGACUGCCGUGGGCCUGCCAACGGAGGACAUCAGCCUGCUGGUGGCUGUGGACUGGUUGCUGGACAGGAUGAGAACUUCUGUCAAUGUUGUGGGUGACUCCUUUGGGGCUGGGAUUGUCUACCACCUCUCCAAGUCUGAGCUUGAUUCCAUCGAUUCCCAGCACCGAGUGCAUGAAGACAUUGAAAUGACCAAGACUCAAUCCAUUUAUGAUGAUAUGAAGAACCACAGGGAAAGCAACUCUAACCAAUGUGUCUAUGCAGCACACAACUCUGUCAUUGUAGAUGAGUGCAAGGUAACUCUGGCAGCCAAUGGAAAGUCAGCCGACUGCAGUGUUGAGGAAGAACCUUGGAAACGUGAAAAAUAAGGAUAUGACUCUCAGCAAAAUCUUGAAUAAGCCCCCCCAGCAUAUCUUAUGGUAAAUGAGGAUAUAAACAAGCUUUCUUUAAAAAAGAAAAAAAAAGUACCUAUAUUUCUAUGUUUACUUAUUCUGUUAGCUGAGGCUUAGCGAAUCUGUGGUGAGCCAGUGAUAGGCACGGUGCUGUGUCUUUGCCAAAUAAUGCUUCAUAACCAUCUAAUGUUCUCACUUGUAUUACUGUUUGAACGGAUGCUGCUGGAGAAAUCAGUUUGAAUGGAAGAUGCAUUCUUGCCAGCUUCCCUUUUUUCUCUCAAGGUCCAGAAACCUGGAUGCUCUUCUCCCGGGGAUACAACCUAAGUAGUGCAGUGCACUAUGGGGAAGAGGAUGUAUUCCUUCAAGCAUUCUCCAUGCCUUGCCAUGGAGCAUACAAGAGGUUCUGUUUGAAGCCUUUAGAAUAAAUUCCCCUUAAAGAUUCUGUAGUGUUUGCCCAUGUGUUUGUUAAAAGCAAGCACCUAUCUUAGGGAACUCUGGUGAUUUGUCUUUUUUUAAAAAAAAAAAAAAACUUUCAAAGAGUUUUAGUGGGAAGCACCCUCUUUUAAAGAGCUGAUGGUGGAACAAACUGAGUCUGCUCUGCCCCACUUUCUCACAAUUAUGGGAUUAAUCAUUGAAAUUUCUGUUUGUUUUUAAUUGACUCCUGAUUUGAUCAUUUUUAAGAAGUAGUUUGCAUAUGCCCCUUUACAUAUUGAAAAAAGUAAAGGUACAUAGCCAGCCUACCGUUUUCAUCCCAUUCAAAUUGGUUGAUGUUUGGUUUGCAUUUUCCUGGCAUCAUGAAAUCAAGUGAGGUUAUUUGAUCAAUGCUUCAUAAAUUUUUUGUUUCUAACAGAAAAGUUUGUUUUAGCCCCCUAAUUAUUUCAUACAUUCUAUAAUUGAAUCUGGAAGCCUAAUCAUUUUAUUCUCCCAUCUACAGAGGAAAGUUUUGUUGACUGUCUUUUUUAGUACUAUCUCUUGAUGAAGCAAAAAACAUACAGGUAAUUUGUGUAGAACUUUGUGUUAUAUUCUAUCAAAGCACAUCAAUCAUUUGAAAGCAGAGCCAAUUUUCCUCCCUGAUCUUCUCUGUGAAAAAGGACAGAAAAUGAACAAAAUCCCAGAAAGAUGACAUUACUAAGCCAAGACCACUGGAAGGUCAAGAUGACCUUGAACAUGAAGUUAAAUAAAAGACGGCUCCUCACAACUCAGAUGGAGUCUUUUCAAGGCUUGUGAAAGUUGGAGAGAAUAAAUAAUGUACUUGGAAUUAGCACAAUGUCUUGCAUGCUAUAGACACUCAAUGAAUCCUGAAUAAUUGAUUAUGCAAGCUAAAUUUUUCAAUGUCUCUAGUAUCAUUUUCUAUCACAUAACACAGUAUUUUUGUAUAGUUGCUGGGUUUGGGAGUCUGCUGAGGACAUGAACAUGAAUCACUAAAAAAUAAAGCACAUUUGGCUCAAAGGAGUAUGUAGACCUUGUCUACUUGGGAUUAGAGUGAUUAUCUGAGGCCAGAACAUGGACCCUGGGAUAUUCAUGAUGACUCAUAAAGUCCAGAUUCUUCCGAGAAAGGGUGUUUAUGGUCACCAUGUACCCUUUAUUGCCUCUUCCUUGAUUCCUUGUGACCACUUUUCUAAUCAUACACCUUCAUAUCACACAAGAGACAUGUAAACCCACCUUUUGUCAUAAACCAUAGUUAAUUUUAGAUAAGAAUCACUACUGAGCAGUAUUAAAGAGCUCUUUUUUCUUUGACUUAAUAAGAUUGGUCUUCAUUUUCAUCAUUUAAGCAGGGUGACCAUGAGUGUUUGGAAGGGCAGUAGGGGAAAAUGCAUUCUUUAUGACAGAUGUUAUAGGUCAAGAGGACAGUUCUGGACUUAACUAUUAAGGACUCUCUAUAAAUGGUGCUCAGAAGUGCAUUUUUCUAUUAAUUUUUGUUUGUUUGUUAUGGGAAGAAGGUCUGAGGCAAGGUGUCUAGGAACUUGUCUUUUUUGCUUUUAGAAGCCAUGGUAGCCCUGGUACAUGCAAUCAUGUUUCUUGAAGGAAUGGUCCCUGAAUUUUCUAGGUUUGCUUUGUCUUGAACUCUUUACUAGUUAUCCAGGUAGCCUGUAAAUAUAUGAGGGUAGAGUGUAGCGAGGAGAGGCAAGAGCCACAGCUUAAUAAAGCAGGAUUUUCUAGUUUGAAAUGAAAUGCAUUAAGUUUCAUGAGACUACCUAUAAGACAUUACAUUUAUCUGGGAUAUCAAUAAAUUACAUGAUGAAAAAAAUAUUUUAAAUCCAGGUCUAGUCUGAAAAUUCAGGAUGUGCAUAGAGCUGACAUGUUACAGUGCCCUGUGGUAUUUUAGUUCUCAUUUGUUCCUCUCAUGCCAUGACCUUUGGGGGUCUCUUUGCCCAGCAUACGUGCCAUAAGGAGAAAAAAAAUAGAUUCAUAGGAUACCUCUAACAACCUUUUUUCUCCUAAAUAGAAUAUGUAUAACCUAUAAAUUAUAUGUGUAGUUUAUAGAAAGAGGUCAAAUACAGAUGUUAAUACUUAAAACAAUCCAUUACUCUUUGAUGAUGAGUAAAUGCUAUAUUUUCAUACAGUUUAGGUAGGUCAGAUACAUGCAUGGCAAUUUGUAAGAUCUAUAAAUCAGGGCUUGGGCAGUGCCACUUUGAGUUUCACUCAUCCUUUUUAGGAGUCAGAAUCAUUUUAGGAAAAACUUUGAUUACCUACUGCAACUCAAUAAGUUGACUCUAGUUGUGAGCACAGUGACAUAUGUCUCAUGGGAAGGCUUUCCUGUAGAACUGUGAGGCCGUGCCUCCUCUCAAAGAGCACCAGAAAUUCUACGCAAUCAAAUCCUCUAGGCAAUCAAUCAUCCAACUCACACAGAUUCUUAACUGAGGAGAUCUGAACCCGGUAGCUAUCAGAUACAAUUCUUUACUUCCCUUGCAUGUGAAAACACAGCCUAUCACUGCCUGAGGAAAUUGACAUGUAUGGGAAAUGACACAUAUCUAGUUCUCGCAAAUACUAUUCAGACCGUGUGUUCCUAAAAACCUAAAAUAAAGGGUGCCAAAUGCCGAGCUCCUCAAAUUAGACUGGUGGGGGCUGAGAAAUCUGGGAAAACUUAUUUCAGGGAGAUGUAUUACUGGUAGGUGAUGCCAGGAAUACCAACAGUCAGUUGAUUGAAAUGUCUUCAAUAAUUUUCACAUGUGCAUGGAGAAGUAUGUUAUCUGCAAGCCCAUCUAGUGGAGAAGCCUUUUCAGAGGUGGAUAAUUCAUCAAGUGGGUCUGAGGAAAGGAACCCGUUUCUGCCAUGUUUUUUACAAGACCACAUUCCCCAUUGUUUCUAAUAGCAAAAUUUACACUACAAUCUUUCACUCUUGUCAGAAUCAAGGUUUCUGUCUGUGCUUUCUAUCCCUCCAAGGAUUAUAGCAAUAAAUCCAAAUAGGUAUGCAUUUUCUGAGAAUUCUCCACAGUUCAGACUCUCAAUAAACAAGUCCCCACAGCUCUUAGCUGGCUUGAUGACUAAGAGCGCUUUGCAGUUACACCCAGUGGAGGUGGCUUGCUCUUCAACUCUCAGAGACACUCAAUUUUGGAGGGUGCUGCUUUUACUUUGCUUACUCUCCAAAUGAAUUCAUAUUAAGAAAGAGGACCUUGUGAUAUUUUCCAGCAAUUUUAAGACUUGUUCUUUGAAUAGGAAUAUUAGGUACUGAAGUCAUUCUGAAAUGAGAGUUUUUUUUUCAAAUCUGUUAGAGAAGGUGAACGGUCUCAGUAUAUGCGGUAACUUAUGGCUAAAACCCAGGAAAGGGCCACUGAGUUCCAUGGAUUACAUGGCCAGGUUCCAAGUGGUUGUAAAGCACUAAAUGAAGAGGGAUGGCACCAAAUGAGUUGGCACCCAGGCAAGUUAUACUAGAGGCAGACUGUUGUCCUUGGGUGGCAUGAGUUCAAAGUUGCUCAUGCAAUAGUUGCUUAUGAUUUUCCUAAAUGAAACAUCCUUUUCCCCCUUCUUACUCCUCCUUUUUUCUUAUUCCAUAUAUCUUUAUUACUGCUUGAGAGACAAUUUGGUAAACAACCAUACAGGUUACUGCAGGCUGGUUUUAAAAUAGAUGACAAAGAUUCCUAAAUGAAUGCUAUCUAAUUUCUUAGAAUAACAUGGAUAUUUAAGGCAAUGACAGAGAUGAUGAGGAAAUAAAAGUUUGGUAGAGGAAACAUUUGACUAAGCUUCUGCACAUGUUUAGCUGUACACCUAACACAAGUCACUUUAUACCCAACCCUUAUUCCUCUGUGUAUAGAAAAUGAAGAGGUUGGAUUUACUGAUCAAAGCCUUCUUCCAGUCCUAUAAUCUGUGAUACUAUAAUCUUCUCUUUAGUUUCUUCUUUAUUUAGAUAUUCGAUACUAUAAAAGAUGACAUUUAUAUUUUAAGUUAAGGGGCCUUCAAUAAUGAAUACUCAACUGGGAUUCUUCUCCAUUGGGGGAAAUUAUAGUUGAACCUCUCUCUUCAUUUAGAGCUUUACAACCACUUGGAACCUGGCCAUGUAAUUCAUAGUUUGGUGUUUGGCGACGCAAGCAGGCACCCUUUCACAAAAUGGUCCUUUGCCUAUACCCAACUGCCCUUGUAGAAAGAGCAAUCUGGCACAUGAGUAGUGUGGUCAGGGUCACCAGGAGGGGCUUGGACAAGGCCAGAGCCCCACUCAAAUUCUUGCAUCAUCCAAGCUGUGCAAUACAGCCCACUUCCAAUACCCACAACACACAGUUUUCCCCAGUCCUAAUUGCCAACCCAGUAUGGGAAUUUGGGAGCCAUUGGCAAAUAUACUUGAACGCUCUUAUGAAAUUUUGUGCAAGACUUACACAAUACCAGCAACUGGCUGUAAAUACCUUUCCUCUGACUGUGUGUAGACAUGCACCUCUGUGCACAGGGGGAGCCAGGCCACGUUCUUGCUCUGAAGAGUUGUGCAGGCAUCUUUGGUGGAUUUUAGGUUCCAAUUUUCCUCUUGAUUUGCUUUUCUGAUGGGCAUCACUUCUUAUGAAUAUAAUGAAAUAUCCUUUCCCCCCGCCCCUUCUUGCUCUUCCUUUUUUUCUUAUUCCUACAGGAAAAGUGCUUUUCUACAGGAGCUAUCCUCUCUUCACUGCCUUGGGAAUAUCUAGGGUUAGAGAAAAUGCCUGGUGUGUUGUUGGGGCUAGUCAUGGACUUUGAAUAACUUCUUUUGAUCUGUGAUAUUACUCCAGUAGGUCACUAUUUGCCUCAUUGCUCUGUUAAAACUUUGCUCUGUCCAAACUUCUGCUAAAGAUGCAAUAGAUUUGGUGUAUGUUUUGUGGUGAGCACCAUCCUCUUAGAGAUUUCAGUUUUGGGGAGUGAGCUGUAAAGCUGUGUGUUUGUUCACUUUUUCUUUUUUAAAUAUCGCAGCAGAUGCAGUAGACCUAAUGCAAAAUCAGAAAGUGAAAAGUUUUCUUAAUGGACCUCUCUAAGAACAUUUUAAAUGGAAGAGAAGCUCCCAAGUUGUUUCUCUCACUCUUAACUCAUAUUCGGCGUAAUUAUUCAACUGUUUCUUUCUCUUUUGUCAGCUUUGCUUUACCUUCCUACCUCUGAACCAAGUCUACAUUCUAAUCAUUUUAAACAUUCUGCUGAUUGUUCUACAGAUUUCUUUUGUGCUGAAAAUUAAGCCUGCUGGACCAGCCCCCUCUGUUUCUCAGUCAUCACUUGACUUAGAGCAUGAGUAGUAAUGGGCUGCCAGUUCCUCCGGAGACUCUCCUGUCCCUGAGGGAGUGUUGGGGGGGUAACAGCUGGUUGUUACCCUUGUCAUCAUUCCCCAAAGACAUGGGAGUGAUGCAGUCAGAGCCUUAUACCUUCUGGGGCUCCAUACCUUCUCAUAGCAACCAUUCAGCCUGCCUGGAAAUGGCCUGCUGCCGAUAGUAGGAAAGAAAUGUGUACAUGAAUCAAGGAAGUUGGCCUAACACAUCUUUGAGAUUUCUCCCCCGCAAGGAGCAAAUUCUCCGAGAUGUCUAAUUAGCAAGCUGGCACGCUUCUUGCUAAAUCUGUCAUAAAAAUGACUUUCCUUACUCAGAUUCCAUUCUUUGGCCUCUGGAUUUUAUGUCAGUCUAACUCCCUCACUCCUUUCCUGGGGAACCUCAGCCUUGCACCUCCAUGUUGCACAAUACUGAUCAGAUUGUCUGGUCACUAUAGAGAUUUGUAUAUAAAAGACUAAUUUUGUGAGGAUUUUUAUAUAUUGUUUUUUCUAUUUGUUUUCUUUGGCUUGAGGAGAGAGCUGGCAAACUGUGAAUCUAAUUUGAUCUUGCUGCCUGAAAAUAUGCUUUGGCUUCCUGGUAAGACUCCAUGUUACCAGGAUGAUAUAUUGCUCUCUGAUCAGUAUUGCAUCCCAAAUUCACAAAUUCCUCCAGCCCACUCUUACCUUCCUUUUAGAACAAGAUUCCAGUCUUCAUGGCUAUUAUUUAUAAGAAGCAUGAGAAAUGUAUUUAUAGUCCUGGAUCCUGGAUAUUAUAUGUUUAAUAUUAAUUUAGCCUUUAAUAUUAUAGGUUUGUAUCUAUUCUUCAUAAAUUAUAAAGAACUCAGUGUAGACUGAAUUGAUCUAUUUAGUAUCUGUAAUUUUGCAGACGGAUAUUUUCUUAUGGUAUUUUCUAUAUAACCACAUACGGGAAAUUAUAACUAAUUAGAGAACACAACAUUUUUACAGCAAUUUAAAGCUAUCACAUCUUUCCAGAGCAUACCGCACAUUUGAAAAAUUUAAGAACCCCCAUCUCUUGUGAUGCUGUGAGCAAAAUGACCAUAAAAUAAAUCACUUGCUCAAAUCCUUCCACUGGUUAGGAUUGGCAUGUGAGCAGGUCCUACUUUUAAAUUUGGGGAAUGGAGGUGCAUGCUAAUUCGUUCUUUUAAACACCAGACCUCGUUGUCCAGUUGAGCAUUCUAAUUUUGCUUCUCUCUAAGAAGAUGGAAAACCAAGACAGUAAUAGUGGUAUCAUUUCUCUAUCAGAAUUCCCCAUGCCUUCCCCAUGAGUUACAUAAAAUUUAGCAGAGAAAAACUUUGACGAGCAGAGACUGAGGGUGAGCACCCAGAAGCAAAUCAGAACAGAUUUGUUGCUGUUCUUUCUUGCCAAGCAGAUCGGCAGCGAAGGUCACAUUGUUUUGUGAAUUGAUCACAUCUUUUUAGGAAAAGAGAUGUAUUAGCAUCAGCUAUGAAGCAAUAUUCUGUCACUAGGGCUGACUCUGGCAGCUUAGAGUCGCGCUGAAAUUGCUUGGAAGCAGCCCAGGUAGAUUCUGUCCUCAGGUGAAUAACAAUCUAUGUAACUUCCCCCGAAAAGGCAAACCAGGAGUCAUCGCAAAGACAAGGGAGUCUUCCUCCCGCCAAACACAUUUUCUGAAGUGGUUGUGGAGCUAGUAUUUUUGCCAUAUUUGAAAAAUAAAUAGUUACAUAGAAAAUAUAUACUGGUAAAUUGGAACCUGCUCCUUGAUCAGCAAACAGAUUAGAUGUGCCCUCAUCUGGCAACACGGUGUCAGUGGUUUUCAAGUACGGAUAGCUGUCAGAGCAUGGUGUUCUUAUAUGUGUGCAGUAACGCUUUGUUCACGCAUGAAGAACAGUGCCUAUGCACUUUGUGUAGCUAUAAUGUAGGUAUCUGUGUGUAAUUUCAGUGAAAUGGUAUAUAGACGUAUUGUAAUUUAAUUUAAAUGUUAUUUUUUGGCUGUUCACCUAAAUGCAGUAGACAUGUUGAUUGGUGUUUUGAAAAACGCCCUUCUUAGAUACCUAGUAGUGAAUCAUUUCUCUUCUUUCUAAAUGUGAUUAGCAGAUGUACAUGAGUGAAGAACUUAUCCAUGAAUUCUUUGUAUCAAUGAUUGAAAGUUUGUGUGUCCAACAUCUUUGUAAAUAUACAACUCAGAACAGGGGAGGAUUUGAUGUGUGUCUUGAUUCUUAAGGUCAGCUGAUGUCUGUAUAACACAUGGCAAAAAAGCAAGACAGUGGAACUUUUGAUUAUUUGGGCGUAGGUUUAGAAUGAAGAUCUUGACGGUUCUCUUGGCAUUGUGGAUUGGGCUUAGAGAGACAAAUGGUUAGUCUGCUUCUAUGCAUGUUAGCAUCAUAUCACACUCAUGAUGCUAAAAGCUCUGAAGAGUCUUGUCCCUGUACAGGAAAGAUAUUUACUAAUUACCCUGCAGGUUAAACCCGUAAAAGCACAAUUUGGGUAGUCAAAAGCACAGUUGUCUGUUGAAAGAGCUUUGGAAGCACAGGAAUGAUCAGUGCAAACUUUGGGGUUGCACAAGGGCAACUGAGGAAGCACAGAUUCACAUAUGUGAAGAAAUAAGACCUCUAACUACUACAUGCUGUGUGCAUAUUUUGAGUGAUUGAAGUAGUUGUAUCCUUGUCUCCUAAAACAUGCACUAGUCUAAUUACUACUAAUGGAAUGCUGUGAGGUUAUAGUUCUGGCAGCCCUUUCUCCUCUUCAAGAACAGAAAAAGAUGGCCAGGAGCCGUGGUGAAGACUAAGUACCCAUUUCUGUUUAUGAGGGGAGUGAAGCCUGAGGGAUCUCUUAAGGACACAGCGCAAGCACACAUUCACGUGCUUUUCGAAGAUUAAAGUAAAGGAUGAGUAUGGUGGAAGGCACACUUUCUCCCCCUGAAAACGUGAUUUCUUCAACUCCUGUUAAUUCAGGGUGGAAGACCUCACAGAAAGAAAACUAGACAUAUGCAGGAAUUGUUUGAACAUUCUUGAUUGUCCAGAAUGAAAGAAUAAUUGUUUUCCUUACAUUUCACAUUGAUCUAAUGUCAUGUAGCAUAGAGCAUUUAUAGCACUUAGUAUUUAAAAACUAAUAAAUACAAAAGGAUUAAAAAAACUUCCACUAACUUUGGGGUCAUUUCUUACAUACGGUACUAGGAAAUGCCUUGUUGGCAAAGCACAUUUUGGAUAAUUGAGGGUUUUGAUUGUUUGUUUUCAUCUUUAUCUUUCUAAGAUUUGUUACAAUGUGGACUGAUUACUGUAACAUUUUAUGUGUAAAAUAACUGGACAUUCUUUAUAUACUGGAAAUAAUCUGUGAAUUCAAUUCUUCACUAAGUGUUUUAACUUUUGUGUACAUAUCUCUUAUCAAUAAAUGUGGAUUCCAACA